AUGACAAAUAAUGAACAAGUUUCCGAAAUUUUAAAAUUACCUAUAGAACUUCUGUAUUGUAUUUUUGAUUAUAUUGAUGUACAGACAAUUAUAUUUUCAUUACGCCAUACUUGUAGACAAUUUCGUGAUAUAGUCAAAUGGUACGAUCGAUACGUUCUCGAUUUUGAUUUAAUUUCCAUGUACCGAUUGCGAUACAUUUGUCGUCUCAUUCGACCGGACUCGGUCAUUUCACUAAAAUUAUCCGAUGAUGUUAAAACACCGAAACAAAUUGAAUAUUUUCUCUCACUUAUUAAUAUUCGUCGGUUCACUCAACUUCAUUCAUUGACUAUUACACAAGAUUCUGAGGAUUUAUUUAACAGUAUAUUCGAUCAUGUCAUCAAUUGUCAUUCAUUUGUAUCAUUCUCGAUCUAUUUUCGACCUUCUCCUCCAUUCAAACAUCCUGAUUUUCGUGAUUAUGACUUAACCGGUCCAACACUUGGACCUCUUGCAUCCGUAAUCGCUCAAUCAAAUUUAACGAUAUUCAAAACCAAUCUUCGGUCAUAUCAAUUAGAUAAAAUUUUAUCACCAAUUCAAUAUUCAUUUCAACAUCUUACCAUUGGUAAUUGUACUCGAAAACAAUAUUAUAUGAUUCUACGCCAUUCACCACAUCUACAAACAAUAGUUAUGGAACAUUUCAAAAGAAAACAAAAUCAAGCUAUUCAUGACAGUGAAAGCGAGGAAAAUGAUCAAUUCGUUUAUGAUUUUUAUCAUCCAUUGACUUCACUAACAUUACUAGAACAUCAAGGAUCGAUUUUCGAUCUUGAAAAGAGUCUCUCAUUGACACCUACGUUAAUGCAUCUUAAAAUUAUAGGUGAUAUAAGUGACACUAUCUUUUUUAUGGACAGUUCUAGAUUAGAAGAAUUCAUUCGUAGUAAAUUGUGUUCAUUAAAACAUUUUGAAAUAUUUAUUAAUGGUUCCACUAAUAGCGAAAACUUGUCGAUCGAUAUGCUUAUUGAACCAUUUCUUGAUGACGCGAGUGCAUCAAUCGUAGAUGUACGUGCUCGAUCUAUUGGUGAAGUCAUCGGAUGUCAAGUGUCUUCAAGUGGUCUUUGUACAAUUCAAGUUACGCCUAAUACACCAAUGACAGAUAUAGAACUUCGACUUAUCAAACAUUUGACCUAUCGUGCAAUGUUCGUCUUCGAUGCUGAAGCUCCACAUAUAACUCGUACUGAAAUACUUUUGGCUGGUGUACACAGACUCAACCAUCAUUAUGUUUCUGAUCGAUUAUAUCAAGGCAUUCAAGGACUUGUGUCAUGUCGUUUCAUGGAUAUCGAUGAUAGUGAUGAUAGUCGCAUUGAACUAAAAUAUGAUUCGAGAAAUCUUAGUCGCUUUGAACUACUAUCAAUCAUGCAUAGUCUUGGCUAUUCGGCACAAAUUGAUUCGAAUGAGACAAGUUUGAAAGCUGGCAUAGUUGUGGUACAGAUACGUAUUGAAGGCAUGCAUUGUAAUUCAUGUGUGUCGAAUAUUUGUGCCACGAUUGAAGAUCUUCCGGGUACUAUCGAUAUAAAAUUAACAUUUGAAGAAAAAAUUGCCACUGUAACUUAUGAUUCACGCAUUUUAAGUCUUGCUCAUAUUGUAACUGAAAUUGAAAAACUUGGUUUCAAAGCUGCCGUAUCAACUGAUCAUUAUGAAAUCGAACCUUCAUCAUCAUCUGAACUCAACAAUCGAAAUGAGCUUACAAGAAAACUACCAGCAAUAACGAAGAAAAGUGAUGGUAUUGAAACAUGCUUCAUUCAAGUGGAAGGUAUGACUUGCACAUCGUGUGUUGAUAGUAUCGAACGAAAUUUGUCAAAAGUUGAAGGAAUUCAUUCUGUAUUAGUGGCUUUACUUGCCCAACGUGCUGAAGUCAAAUAUGAUCCUGAAUAUUUAUUACCAUCACAGAUAGCUGGCUUAAUCAAAGAUCUUGGAUUUCGUGCUCAAGUACUUGAAAUAACGACAUCUGGCACUGAUAUAAUUGAUGUUAAUAUUGAUGGUAUGACUUGUGCAUCGUGUGUUAGCAAAAUUGAACGCCAUAUCAAAGCAUUAUCGGGUAUUAAAUCCGUCGACAUAGCUCUACUCACUCAUCGUGGUCGAAUCAAAUAUGAUGCUAGUAGUAUCGGUCCACGAGAUAUUAUCACUCAGAUUAACGGCAAAACAUCGGAAGCAUUAAAAAAGCUCUUAUCAUUACAGCCUCUACAAGGUGUACUUGUUAAACUUGAUGACAGAGGCAAAAUAAUCGAAGAGCAAGUGAUUCUUGCUCAACUCAUUCAACGUGGUGAUCUUCUUAAAGUUGUACCGGGUGAAACAAUUCCGACUGAUGGUCGAAUUGUCGAUGGUACAACCACAUGUGAUGAAUCAUUAAUUACAGGUGAAUCGAUGCCAGUAGACAAAGUAGUCGGUGCUCAAGUUGUUGGUGGUACAAAGAAUUUAGUCGGCUCAAUUAUUAUGCAAGCUACACAUGUAGGUCAAGAAACUGCAUUAAAACAAAUCAUUAAACUUGUCGAAGAUGCUCAAACAUCGAAAGCACCCAUUCAAGAAUUAGCUGAUAAAGUUGCAGGUGUUUUUGUUCCAUUUAUUCUUAUUAUUUCAUUUAUAACUUGGCUCAUCUAUGUGAUUAUCGGUUAUACGGCUUAUGAUAGUCUUAAGAAACAUUCUAGUUAUAGUGAAUCUAAUAUGACACAUUAUAGUCAAAGCGAAAUUGUAUUCGAACUUGCCUUUCGAUAUGGUAUUACUGUUUUAUCAGUUGCUUGUCCGUGUGCUCUUGGUUUAGCAACGCCAACUGCAGUUAUGGUAGCGACAGGUGUUGGUGCUGCAAGUGGCAUUCUGAUUAAAGGUGGCGAACCUUUGGAACUUGCAAGAAAAGUACGAACCAUUGUUUUUGAUAAAACCGGCACGAUUACAAAAGGAAAGCCAAGUGUAGUCGACAAACAAAUAUUUAUUGAUGAUGAUCACUUGACACUUGAUCGAAUGUUGGCGAUUGCAGCAACGGCUGAAAGUGGUUCUGAACAUCCAUUAGCGUUAGCAAUACAGAAUGAAUGCAAACAACGAUUUGGUACCGAGCAAAUGGGCCAAUGUUUUGAUUUUAAAGCUACAUGGGGUUAUGGUCUAUUUGCUCGCGUCACUGGUAUUGAUUGUCUUAUACCACAAAGUGACACACUACGUUCUUAUACGGUAUUGAUUGGAAAUCGAGAGUGGAUGAUGCGAAACAAUAUUAAUGUAAAUGAACAUGUUGAUAUAACAAUGUCAAAACAUGAACAUGAUGGUCACACAGCUGUUCUCGUUGCUAUUGAUGAUAUAUUAGUCGGCAUGUUUGCCAUUGCUGAUGAGAUCAAACCAUCAGCUCCAUUGACCAUUUUUGCUCUUAACUCACUUGGACUACACACGAUUCUACUAACAGGUGACAAUAUCAAGACUGCACGAGCAAUAGCCGCUAAAGUUGGUAUCAAAACUGUUUAUGCUGAAGUAUUGCCUACGCAAAAGGAACGUUUUAUUAAUAAAUUGAAAGAAAAAAUGGAUCCAGAAGAAAAAGUAGCGAUGGUUGGCGAUGGCAUUAAUGAUUCACCAGCACUGGCACGAGCUGAUGUAGGUAUUGCAGUAGGUAGUGGCACUGAUGUUGCUGUAGAAGCUGCUUCGAUUGUUUUGAUUCGUGACGAAUUAUUUGAUGUUGUCACUGCUAUUAUACUAUCAAAAAAGACAAUUUGGCGUAUAUGGAUCAAUUUUAUUUUUGCCAUUGGAUACAAUGUAAUUGCCAUACCGAUUGCGGCUGGUGUUCUUGUUCCUGCUAAUAUUCACCUUAAACCAUGGAUGGCUUCAGCUGCGAUGGCUCUAUCAUCCAUUAGUGUCGUUCUUUCUUCACUUUUGCUGCGUUACUUUCGUAAACCACAAAUAAGAACUUAUGAAAAUAGUUCUUUUCAACAGUGGUGUACCACCAUGUCUGCUGAUAUUGAAGUUCAUCGUGGCAUUGAGAAGGUGGUCGGUAAUAGUUGCCAUACAAGUCCGGCUAGUUCGCGUAGUGGUACUAGUAGCAAAUUAUCACAGCUGCUCAUUGAUGCUGUUUCAACAUUUGUCAAGCAAAGCUUUGGUGAUAAAAAUAAAAGCAAACCUGUCACCACUAUGGACGACACUAUCGGCUUAACUAUAUUCAAGGCUUAA